AUGGCACCCACUGUGAAUCUCCCUGCCCUUUGCCUCCUUGUGGUGUCCUGUCUGACUGUCAGUCAUCCCUACUCCUUGGAAAGAUGCCUGCAGUACUACCAUGAUUUAACCCAGGUUUACUGUGUCAACCACCGGAUCCGGAACCUCUCGCUGACCCUGAAGGAUAUCCCACCCAGCACAUUGGUCCUCAACCUGUCUCGCAAUGAAAUCGGGGACUUGGGCGAGGGGAGGUUCUCCCACUUACCCAGCCUCCAAGUUCUGAGGAUCGACCAAAAUCAGCUGAGACGUGUGGGGAGCGCCUCGUUCAAUGGACUGCGGAAGCUGUCACUGCUCAACCUGUCCUGUAACAACAUUGACACGCUCCUGAGCCGCUCAUUCUGGGGCCUUGGAAACCUGCGCACUCUGCUGCUGUCCCAGAACAACCUGUCCGUGCUGCACCAGGGAGCGUUGCCCCCACUGGCUGAACUGGUUCAGCUGGACCUGCAUCUCAACAGCCUCCGAGACUGGGCCAACCUGGUGGCUGCGGUCAGGGAGCUGCCCAGGCUGGAGGCCCUGGACCUGUCCGGUAACUCCAUCGCCCAGCUCAGCCUCCAGAACGUCUCCUUUCCGGCUUUGCGUGACCUGAACCUCUCCUACAACCCCAUCGCUGACCUUGACCCCGGGGCCUUCCUCAGGAUGCCCAACCUAUCCUCCCUGAGCCUCAACGGGCUCCAACUCAACCUCUCCGAGCUCGGCCUGCGCUCUCUCCGGACCCUGCAGGUGUCCAACGGAAGCGCCUUCGCCGGACCCCAGCUAGCGGACUCCUGUCGCUUUCUGGAACGCCUGCGGGGCCUUCAGGAGCUGGUGGCCAAGUCGGCGGGGCUGACCUCGGAGGGACUCCAGGUCCUGAGCCGGUGCGUCCAGCCCACCUCGCUGGACUUGUCCUGGAACGCCCUGGGGCCUCUGGAUGGUGGUGAGUUUGAACGUUUCGAGGCCUUGGUCAGGCUGAGGCUGGUGAACUGCAGCAUCGCCAAGCUUUCGAACGCUACUUGGAUGAGAAGCAACCGCCUCAAGCACUUGCAGAUCAACCUGAGCAAGGGGCUGCAGCUGGAGGCUUUUGCCUUCUCCAAUCUGGAGGCCCUGGAGUACCUGGACGUGUCAGCCAACCGGCUGAGACAGGUGGACGUGUCCGUGUUCUACGGCCUGGAAGACCUGCAGCAGCUACACUUCGAGGGGAACGAGGUGACCGACCUGGAUCAGGCCCCCUUCAGGCACCUGCGCAACCUCCGGGGCCUGAGCCUGGGCUGGAACAACAUCCGAGCCAUCCGGAGGUCAGCCUUUCAAAACCUGGGCCGGCUCGAAAAGCUCUUCCUGGCGCAAAACCGGAUCGGCCACGUCGAGGGGGGGAGCUUCUCCGGCCUGGUGAGCCUCAAGGUGCUUCACCUGUGGGGAAACUCCCUGAAGGAGCUGCCUCUUGGGGCCUUCGCUGGUUUGAGGAGCCUGUUGCACCUGGACAUCAGCAAGAACAAGCUGUCCACCUGGUCGUCUUCGAGGAGAGCCCCCCGGUCUCCCUUCGCCACACUUAACCAGCUUCGCUUCCUGGGUCUCCAAGACCAGGGCUUCCACGGCCUUGGCCUCCUGCCAAACACCUACUUCAAGGGCCUACACAACCUGGAGAAGCUGGUGCUCGGCUAUGGAGGGAGGAUCCAAUUUGCCGAUGCAACGUUUCAGCUCCUGCCAAACCUGCGGGAGCUCCACAUCAGCUACGCCAAGCUGGAGGCCUUGGACUUCCCCCAUUUAUUCCGGCCUUUGAAGAGGUUGGAAGUCCUUUUCCUCACCAGUGUGGAGUUGGAUGACAUCCCAGUGAGCCUCUUCCAGGGCCUGCCCCAUCUCAGGUUCAUCACGCUGGACCGCAACCACCUGAAGAACCUCAGCCAGAAGCUGCUGGACAACCUGGACUCGCUGCAGUGCCUGUCACUCGACAACAACCCCCUGUCCUGCUCCUGCACCAAUGCCUGGUUCCACAACUGGUCGAUCGAAGACCCUCGUGUUCAGAUCCCCUUUCUAUCCAGCUACCGCUGCAGCCACAAGAGGGGGAGCUUCGUGAACUUUGACACCUCGCCCUGCAACAUCGACUUUAGCCAGUACUGCUUUCUGGCCACCUCCGUGAUGACCCUGUUCGUCAUGGCACUGCCAGCCCUGUACACCAAGGCCAACAUAUACUGCCGCUACCUGUGGUACAUGCAGAGAGCCUGGCUGGGUGGUAGGCGGGGAGACAAACUGGGCAAAGGGUGCAAGUACGACGCCUUCGUGUCUUACAGCUCCAGCGACGAGGAGUGGGUUGUAAACCAACUCUUGCCACACCUGGAACAGCAAGGGCCCGAACGCUUCCACAUCUGCCUGCACAGCCGGGACUUCGAGCUGGGCCUGGACAUCUUCAGGAACAUUGAGAAGGCAAUCUACAGCAGCCGGAAAACCCUGUGUGUGAUCAGCAGCCAGUACCUGAGGAGUGAAUGGUGUUCUCUGGAGAUUCAGCUGGCCAGCCUCAGACUGUUCCAUGACCAGAACGAUGUCCUGAUCCUGAUCUUCCUAGAGGACAUCCCAAACUACCAACUCUCUGCAUAUCACAAACUCCGGAAACUCCUGAAGAGCAAGACCUACAUUGAAUGGCCAGAGAAGAUGGAGAAGCAGGAGUUAUUCUGGGCACGGUUAAGGGAGGCUUUGAGGAACACAGACUCUCUGGACAAAGGCGAUCAGAUUGGAGAUGUCGUUGUAUCCUAA